AUGGCGGAGGAGUUUGAAGAAUCUGACGUUGUGUUCACCGGAAACAAUGAUUAUGAAGACGGUGAUCAUCAUUGCUUCGUCAAAUGCUUUGGAGAUUCAGAUUCAGAGGAAUCACGAGGAGCGAAGAGGAAGAAAAUCGAUAAGAAGAUCUCGACAAAGAAGGCGAAGGCGAAGGCGAAGGCGGUGAACAUACCGGAGAUCUUCUCGUGGUUUCAUGUAAUGGAACCGAGUUUAUUCGAACACGAAGAAGGAGAAAUGAUUCCGCCUCAUGUGAUGGUACUGCGGCGGCGGGUGGCGGAGAAAAUGGCGUUUUCCGUUUGCUCUGGUAUGGGAAGGACAUUGAAAGGAAGAGAUUUAAGUGAAGUUAGGAAUUGCGUGCUUAGGAUGACUGGUUUUCUGGAAACUUGA